UUGUUUCUAUCCCUCUUAUUCAGUGUAUUGUAUUUAUGAUCUAUUGUAUGUGUAAAUUUUUCUUUUUUCUUCAACUUUUUCCACGUCUCCUCGCGAGCGUAAAUAAGUAAAUAAAUUAAUUAUUGACCGGUCGUGGACAUUCUCAUCGCUCCUUUGUAAAAGUCGUUGUAGAAUUCUGAAUUUGUCCACGAUUCUCCAAAAGAUCCAAACAAGGCAAGUCGAUCAAGCAGCUUUUUGAGCUCUGGAAUAAUUAUUGUUCUGGAAUAAUUAUUUAAAUUGAUUCCAUGCAAACCUUUCUCCGUCUCUCAGUAAGAAGUCCUUUGGGGCAGAUUUUUGUAUCUCAAUUUUCGAAGGACAAUGUGAUCUACAACUCAUAGUUUAUCGAGAAAUGAGAGAAAAACGUGCAAGAGCAAUUGGAAUAAAUUAUCAAGGCAAACGAAUCUUAUGGGGAUUGUAUACAUUGUGAACCGACUGAUAAUUUAGUUUUUGUUGGAGAUUUGAAUACUAUAGUUUAAUUAAUAAGAUCAAAGUGUCGUGUUUUUUUGUUUAUUAUAGCUUUUGAAGUACAUAAAUGUUCGAUUGACUA